CCACCAAAAAGAAACGUUAGGAAGGCUGCCCAGACUUUACAGAUUGGGCUUGGUGAAGGCAGUCCGCACACUCAGAAGGAGAGAAUGAGCCAAUCAUGCCACCACCAUUGUCACCAAUACUUGGGGAGCAUUCUUUUCUCAAUCCUACCUUCAACAAGGAUAGUGAAUUUGGAGAUGAUGUUGCUCAAUCUGGUGAUUCCCUUGUGAAAGCUGUGUCAGAUCAGAUUAGCAUCAUGAGGCACACACUGUUGGAAUAUGAGGAGAAAGCUCAACAAAGAAGCCAAGAGGUUGCUAGACAGUUGGAUGAGUCUUUUCAGAAUCUGGCUCAGAAUUUGGCCCAAAGUGUAGCUCAAAGUGUGGCCGACAUAAUUGAGCCUCAACCACCACCAACAGAUCUUCAAAGGCAGAAUCAAAAUAUUCUAGCUUCAACACUCGGGGGGCAAGGUAAUCUGCCACAGCCGCCUCCCCAAAUUCAGCAAGUAACAGUCGAACCAGUGCAGCCAGAUCCUGUUGAGGCAGCACCACGUGCAGUAGAUUUGGGAAAUCACCAGCAACCUAUAUAUAUGCCACCUCCGCGCCGACCAAAUGGAGGACACCCACAACAUAAUGCAACCCUUUUAAGGGAGCAUUUUCAGCCUUAUGUGCCACCUAUGCAACAGAAUCUUCAAGAUAAAAUCGACAAGGGAAUUCUGCACUUUCCAGAUAAUGCCAAAGAAACUAUGGGAGUUGAUGCAGAUCUAUUCCCUACCAUGUCUGUUGGGAUGAAUGCAGCAGAUCUCAGGAUCAUUGCCAGGGAUAGAACUCAGUCAUACUCUAGGUGCAGACAUGUAGCUGAUGAUCUGAGAGAGCAGUCGAAAUCUGUAGUCUGUCAUCAGACAAAUUUGACUGAGGAAGAAGAAGUCAUUCAGAUCCCAGCUAAGGAAGAUGGUGGUAUGGAUUCAGUAGAUAAAAUCAUUUUCGAAAAACCAAAAAAGAGGAUGGCCAGACAUGUCAGGCCAUUAUACAAUCACGCACAUCUGGAUAGCAUGCCAAUAAGCCGAGUUCUUGUUGAUAAUGGAGUAGCUGUCAAUGUUUUGCCAACUUAUAUUCCGCACAAAAUUGGCAAAUCUUUAGGUGAUUUAAUGGAGACAGAAGUAACAAUCAGUGACUUUAUUGGUGGAGUAAAUCGCUCAAGGGGAAUUCUGCCAGAAGAACUUACCGUUGGAAAUAGAACUCUCAUGUGUGCAUUCUUUGUGGUUGACACCAUUGCCACUUAUAAUGCAUUGCUUGGGAGAGAUUGGAUACAUUCCAACUGAUCUGAGGUAGUCUAUGAAGGAGAAAAGGAUGACUCAAAGGAUCAAAUAACACUAGAGGAAUUAGAUCUGGCACCAGCAAAACUUGAUGAUCUGAAGGCAAAAGUACAAGAUCCCUUGGAAGAGGUAAAUCUGGGUACUGAGGCAGAUCCAAAAAUUACUUUUGUUAGCGGUUCUCUUGAGCCGUGUUUGCAUGAUAAAAUUAUUAACAUUUUGCGUGAAUACAAGGAUUGUUUUGCUUGGGAUUAUUCUAAAAUGCCAGGUCUGAAUAGAAAUUUGGUGAAGUAUAGAUUACCCAUUAGAGAAGACUUUAAACCUUUCAAACAGCCGCCCAGACGAAUGUCUCCAGAAGUCACUUUGGAGGUUAAAGAAGAGAGAGAGCGGCUGUUGAAGGUUAGUUUCAUCAGAACUUCCAGACAUGUGGAAUGGUUAUCUAAUGUGGUUCUUGUGGUCAAAAAGAAUGGCAAGCUGAGAAUCUGUGUAGACUUCAGAAAUCUGAAUCUGGCAACAUUAAAAGAUGAAUAUCCUAUGCCUAUUGCAGAUUUAUUGAUUGGUGGAUGUGAGGUUGAGGAGCAUUUAGGGCAUUUAAAGCUGGCUUUUGAAAGAAUGAGGAAGCAUGAUCUGAAGAUGAAUCCUUUAAAAUGUGCAUUUGGUGUUUCUGCUGGAAAUUUUCUGGUAUAUCUGGUGCAUGAGCGACGUCUGAAAGUCGAUCAGAACAAGGCAAGAGCUGUUAUUGAAGCACAACCGCUAAGAAAUUUCCUAGCAGAUCAUCCGUGCUUGGAGGAAGCAGAUGAGGAAAAAGAUUCCAUGUCUGGAGCAAAAAUUGUUAUUAUUUCUCCAGCUGGUUUGAAAACCCAAGUGUCAUUUCAGCUAGAUUUCAAUUGCACCAACAACCAAGCUAAAUAUGAGGCAUUGAUUAUUGGGUUGGAAGUGUUGGUAGAACUUAAGCUCUUAGACGAAUUUGAUGAUGUAAUCUUGAGGCAUGUUACCCUAGAUCUUAACACAAUCAGGCUUAAAAAUCCAGAAGGCGUGAUGAGUAGAAUUGUUGUUGUGGAAAAGCGAAUUCUGCCAUCUAUUCACAUGCGUGCUUACAGAACUUCACAAAGGAGUUCUACCAAGGUAACUCCAUUCUCUUUAACUUAUGGACAUGAUGCUGUUCUGCCCAUGGAGUUGUCUGCUAGAUCAUUGCGUAUAGCAAUUCAACAUAGUCUCACUUCUGGAGAAUAUAAUGAAGCAAUGAUUCUAGAGUUAGAAGACCUUGAAGGUAUGCGAUUGACGGCCUUAGAUAGGCUCCAAACGCAAAAAUUAAAAGUGGCUCGAGCAUACAACAAAUGGGUGAAAUCCAGAAGUCUGGUAGAAGGAGAUUUGGUAUGGAAAGUAAUUCUGCCACCUGGAAAGAAAGACCCCAGAUUUAGGAAAUGGUCUCCAAAUUGGGAAGAACCAUUUCGUAUACAUGAAGUGCUUAGAGGAGGAGCAUAUUGACUUGAAUCAUUAAAUGAAGAGUUACAUCCUCGAAGAAUAAAUGAAAUCUACCUUAAGCCUUACUAUCCUAUGAUAUGGGAGGCUAGGGGUUCGAAUACCAUUAAUUCUAUUUGAGACAGAUUUAAGGUAGGAUUUGUACAAUAUUUUAUUUCAUUGUUUAGCAUUUUAUCAUUCAAUAAAAGUGCUGAGCCAAA